AUGGGAUCACAGUCCGAGGCAAUCCUCAAAUCGUUUGCUCUCAAUGACAAUGACAAGAAAGACUGUAACAAAGUUCUGCAGAAAUUUGAUGAACACUUUGUUCCCAAGCGAAAUGUGAUUUUCGAGCGCUGCAGGUUCAACAAAUGUGUGCAGCAAGACGGUGAAAGUGUUGGAACUUUUGUGCGGAAUUUGUACACGCUAAGCGAACACUGCGACUUUGGUGAUGCCAGAAAUCAAUACAUACGAGACCGACUUGUUAUAGGAUUAUUAGACGGGCAAGUAUCGGAACGAUUACAAAUGAAAACGGACUUAACAUUAGAUGGUGCAAUUGAAACAGCUCGGCACUCAGAACUAGUUAAAAGUCAGCGAAAUGAAAUUCGGUCAACCUCAGCAUCCGCCGAUGCUAUACGGGUCACGCAGUCCCAGGCAACGCCUAUAGUCAAUGCCAGAGGUAGAGGUAGCCAGUCAAACAGACAAAAUACGCGUGGCGGUGCCAGGCCUAGACAGAGACAAUCGCAGCAGAAAAAUCCAGUCGCGAGUUCUCGAGACGAGAUCUUGGACCGAAUACAUGACGGACAUUUAGGCAUGACUAAGUGCAUACAACGGGCCAACCAAUCAGUAUGGUGGCCAGGAUUAACAAAGCAGAUCCAGACUAAAGUUGCCCAGUGUUCCUACUGCCAGAUAAACAGACCUAGUUUACGCAAGGAACCGCUAAAAUCAACGCCGUUACCUUCGCGUCCUUGGCAACAGUUAGCCGCAGAUAUACUGGAAUUCAAAAGUAAACAUUACUUACUUGUAAUCGACUACUUUUCGCGAUACUUUGAGUUAAAACACGUCCCGCGAUUAACCAGUAAUGUUACUAUUCUCAAGAUGAAAGAGAUUUUCGCGCGAUUCGGAACGCCCGAACAACUUAUUACUGACAAUGGUACCAACUUUGUCUCGCGAGAAUUUAGAGAAUUCCAAACCGCGUAUUGCUUUCAGCAUAUGACAGUGAGCCCUUAUCAUCAUCAUGCAAAUGGUGAAGUUGAGAGAGCCGUCGCGACCGCGAAGAAAAUAUUAGGACAGAAAGAUCACUUUCUUGGCCUAAUGACUUACCGUUCUACGCCGACGCAGCCUACAGGAUGUAGUCCGGCGGAACUUUUAAUGGGAAGACCAUUAAAAACAACCCUCCCCAUUCUCACCGAAAACUUAACUCCAAGGUGGCCGAACUUUGAGAAGGUGAGAGAAAAUGAUGAUAGAGCCAAAUCGUUGAAUGAACGCUACUUCAACGAUCGUCAUGGUGUACGAGAACUUCCUGAACUGAAACCAGGCGACACGGUUCGUGUAAAACUAGACAAUGAGAAGGGUUGGGUGACAACGGGAAUUGUCACAGAUAAGCUCCCAACACCGCGAUCUUAUAAUAUCGAAACGAGCAGAGGCAAAUACCGUCGUAACCGUAAGCAUUUAAAGCCAGCUCCAGGUAUUACUUACGAGAUGACCCCACCGGAAGUUGACCCACUUGAUGACUACAUGCAGGGAACCCCUAUUGUAGGAAAUCAGCCUCAAGCAAAUCAGCAUAGUGGACGUAAAGUCACGCGCUCUGGACGAGUGGUCCGACCUCCAAAACGUUACGGAUUUGAUUGA